AUGCCAAGACCUUGGCCAAGCUGUGUAGUGCGGCCUAUGACGAGGGCGCAGCCUGCAAGCAGUUCUUGGCUGAUGCAGAGGAAGCCGUCCUGGCCUUGGCCAAAGAGCCUCCCCUGCCGCGCCUGGAAGCAGCGGGAUCAAAGCGCGCACUCAGUUCUCAGAGCAGUCCAGGGGAGUUUGUACAACAACCUAUGGCACACCGUGCAAGGAGCUCCUCGCCAAGCUGCCCCCUGCCGGCAUGGUCGGCAGAGGGGCGCGGCCGUGGACUUCGAAGGAGACUGGUAUGACGAGGGAGGAGUUUGGGUGGGAGAAAUCACCCCCAGUGAGAUCCUCUUCGCGGACGGCGAGUCCCGGCCGUGGAGGCUGAAGGAUCGCCAGCUCCACUGCGGGCGCCUGAAGGUGCAUCCUGGUCUCCUGCAGGAGUUCUGGCAGUGGCGCGGCCAGCCGUUGCGGGUGUCGUGA